AUGCCACCCACGCCACUCUUUCCCGAGUCGGGGCCGAGCAAUGCGCACCUCCGUCCGCACCUCGUCGAGCUCAUCCCGCAGGAGCAGCUCCGCCUUGUCCUCCAUCCCGUCUUCCGAUAUGUGUUGACCUACCUGGCGCACCACUACCCGCGAUACUUUCUGCGCAUCGUUAACCGGCACGAGGAGGCGUUUGCGCUCGUUCUUCUGCUCGUCGAGAGACACCACUUGUGGAAGCAUGACGCCUCGCUCUCCGAGUACUUCUACCAGCUCCGCCUGGUGCCGGACCACACGCCGACUCCGCGCCUUGGUAGCGUGCACCCCACCACGACACCACGUCUCUCGAACCGGCAGCGCUGGGGGAUGCUGCUCGUCCUCGUGGGCCUGCCCUAUAUCCGCGCGAGGGCGGAUGACGCGUACGACCGCUGGUCGACGCAGAACGACCCCGAGCUCGCGCUCGCGGAUCAGGGUCCGCCGCUUAAUCGUGCCCAGCGCCUCUUCGUUGGCGCGUACCCGUGGAUCAGCACGGGCUUCGAGGCCACGCUCCUCGCGUAUGACUUUGCGUACCUCUUCAACCGCACCCCUUACUUCCGUCCAUGGAUGCGGUGGCUCGGUGUGCACGUCGAGCGGCGGCAGGACGUCGAGGACCCGAACGCGGCCCAGAGCCUCCUCGCCAAGCUCCCGCCGCUUCUACCCCCACUUCUGCUCAUGCUCAAGUUUGCGCAGUGGUGGUACUCGCCCACCUCCCCCCGCUCGCUGCCCACCACGCAGGCCAGCAAGAGCCUGCACACUUCCGUCCUCCCGCCGCGGCCCCUGCCGAUCCUCCCAGAGUCGGGUCUCCUGACGCCACCCGCGACGCCGGGGAGCGAGGAUGGCCCGGUGGGGUACACGAUUGGGGCGGCCGAGUUCGGGCACUGCCCCAUCUGCCACAACAAGUGGCAAAACGCGGCGAUCCUCCCAUCUGGUUGGGUCGUGUGCUGGCGUUGCGGAUGGGAUGCGAUCACGGGAGAGGGCGAGCUCGGCGAGGCAGGCAAGGGCAAGUGCCCCAUCACGGGCGUCGCCGUGCAUCAGAGCGAGCUGCGGCGUGUACUGGUGUAG